AAUAUAUUUGUACGACUGAUAUUCGAACCAGCUGGGUUAUUUUUUAGGUUGGAAGUUUCAUGUUAUAAAAAUGUCAUGUAAAUUUUUUAAUACUUAAUUGUGAUAUUUAUUAUUCAAUUUUGUUCUGUGAAAUGUAUUUCAGUUUAUUCUAUAUGAAAUUAUGAGCAGGGAUUAUUAUUCGCAAACAGCACCUUUUUUAUUUACGGCUCAAGAUAGUGGAAGUGGCGGCAGUGGCGGCUCAGGAUUGGGCCCGGGUUCCACCGGAAUGGAUUGCUUGCAACCAUUGCGGUGUCCAUCCACAACGCCCGGACCCUUUCAUUACCUUAUCAAUGAACAAGCAAAAUCAUUGGUGGCAUUACAAGAAUUACAGCAUGAGGUUGGUGCAUUACUUGAGUUUCGUGAUCUGGUUAUCGAAACAUUUCCAAAUUUACGCAAUAAAAUGGCAGCUGUGUCAUCAUCCAGUCCUGUCACGAUGACAGGCACAAAUCAUCAUCAUCAAGUAUCAAAUAUACCAAUACCACGUCGAGAUUGGGAACCGGGAAUACGUGUACGACGGCGUAUCCAACAUAAAGAAAACGAUAAUUCACCAAGUCGUUCGCGUAGCAAUAGCCAUAGUAGUAAACAUCAGCCGAAAAGUAACACGGAGACUACAAGUGUUGUACAAGAUUCGGGGUUUAGUACAGAAACAUCGUCCAGUAAAGAAACCCAUAGUGCCUCCAGCACAACUGGUUUAAAAGAUCAACAAACGCUUACAUCAACACCAGCCAUGGAAGAAUGUGAAGAUGAGUUAUGGAAUUUAUUGGAUGUGAUACAACGGAAAGGAACUAAGUUACGGGAUGAAGUUGAAGCAUUACAGGGUGCGUUAUGUAAUCGUAACGAUGCAAAUCUUGCCAGAAAUGAUGAAAGUGGAACUGACUUUCAUCAACAAAUUUUAUUAGGUAAUACACCACAAGAUGUGAUUAAUUUACGUCGAGAACGUGAUGUGCUGCUGGAGAAGCUAGCUGAUAUGGAAUCAGAAAAUUUAGCUGGACGUGUCCAAGCAUCUCGGUUACGUGCUGAUCUCGAAAGUCUACUAGCAACAAAAAUAGAGUUAGAAGAGCAAUUACGUGCAGCUAUUUCACAAAAAACUGAACUGAACUCUCGCAUACAUGAUUUGCAUAUGCAAUUUGUGAAGACAACAACGCCAAGUACAUCACCAGACUCUCAAAUGUUAUCGACAAGUGUCGGGGGUGGUAAUUAUAAAGUGUCGCGUAGUGUAGAAAAACCAACACGCCGUAGGCGGACUUUAUCAAAUCGUAAUAUAAGUAAUACAGGUGCUAUGUUAAUAGAUGAUAGUAACUUUAAUAGUAAAGAAUUAUUAGUAACAAAUUUUCCAAUAACGACUUCGUCAUCACCAACUAGUAGUGUUAAUGUUAGUGGUAUAGUUCCGAUAAUUACAACGUCAUCACCAUUUGGUACCACAUCAGCGGUGCAAUCUUCGUUGACAUCAUGCUCAACACCAUCGCCGUCUGGCCACGGUGGUCCCGGAGGUUUAAUUGUGUCAACAACAUCAACACCCGUAGACUGUGAACAUAAUAUUGGUGCUGCAGAUCGUUUAAAUAAUGUAUUAUUUGGUCAAAGUGAUGAAUUACCAAAAGUACGUGUUCCUGAUUCACAGAAAAUUGCCGCAAUUUUAGACGAACAUGAUCCGUUAGUGUUACAAAAAAGUUUAUUGACUGUUACUGUACAUAAUCAGGCGUUAAAACAAAGACUGGAAUUAGCCGAUAAAUUGAAAACAGAACUCAUAGAAAAUUUAUCAAAGGCUCGUGAACAACAUGAAGAUUUUAAAUUUCAAUUAGAAGAAAAAGAUAUUGAACUAGAGGGUACCAGAGCGCGUGUACGUCUCUUAGAACAAUUACGUUUUCAAUUUCAAAAGACAGCAUCAUCUUCGUACGACGAUCAAAAUCAUUUAGACUCAACAAAUAUCGACGAAUCGCCACCAACUCGACGAAUAGAUCAGCUAAGUACACCAAGUAUGAAAGCCAUGAUACCAAUACCAUUAGCGGAUGAAACGCAUAUACAAAACAAUAGUAGUACAGAAUCUGCGCAUGAUCAAAAAGCUUCUACCGGUGGUACAGGAGGUGAUAUAACACCACGUCGAAUUAAACCUAGUCGAAUACCUUUAUUGGGUACCUCACCACAACAAAGAAGUUGUACAAAAAGUGUAUCGUCCUUAACACGACCAGGAAGUGCUCAAUCCGGUAGUUCGCUAUCUGGUUCAAAAAGUGCCACAUCGAUACCUACGCCUCGUGGUACAAAAACACCACGGGACUCACUAACUGGUCGACUACGUAGUAAUGACUCGUUAUCAAAAUUACGUGAAACAAGUAAUCAACAAUUAAUUACGACGCCAAUAGUGACUACACCAGGACGUAGUGCAAGUGUAUGUAAUAAACGUGAUGGUGUUAACCGUUUACGACGUGUGAAUAGUAAUGCAACACGAAAUGGUGGUACAACUGCAUUGCAUGAUGCGAAUGAUGGUGGAAACACGAAGAUGAUUCGUGAUGAAGAAAAUAUGUCAUCAUUGUAUAAUGAAAAUACAACAUUAUCCGAUCCAUUAUAUUCCGAUUCAUUGGAUGAGAAUGAUGGGAAUGAAGAAGAUAAUGCAACAACUACAACUGGUCCAGAUAGUAUUAGUGAAAAAAGUCAUCCAAUAUUUCAAACAGCCAAUAAUUUUUUAUGGAAUAAUUUAUCGAAAACAUCAGAAUAUUUUGAUAGUAUUAAUUCAGCUGAUUGUUUUAGUUCAGAAUCGUUACAAAGAUGUCGUGAAGGUUUAGCAGAAUGUGAUUCAUUGGAGGAAAAACCUGAUAUUAAAAAUAUACAUGUGUAGAAACUAAUGGCAUAUUAAGUAACUAAUAAAAGUUUAGUAUUUUUGUUUCAAGUUAUUCAAUGUUUGUUAGGAAAAAAUUGCCCACAGGCAAAAUUGAGCAAGAAAGAUGAAAAUCUGAUGAAGUUUGAUGUUUUACAUAUUUUGCAUAAUUAUUCACUAUACAUUUGACAUACUUUUCAUUGGGGGCGUUUACCUGAUAAAAGUGCUUACACAUACUUGAAGGCGAAAGCAAAAUGAUAACCCCUAAAUGUGAAUAAAACUGAGUGUAAUAAGAAAUAUAUAUAUAAUACUGGAUAUAAUUUCUCAGCAGGUUCAGUAAUCGGAAUUUUCAUUUUAUGAGCUUGAAAGCUAUGUUUACACCAAGAAAUUAAAGGUAAAAACGAAUAAUAGGCUGCGAUUUCUCAACAUUGUUGCUGCUAUUUCGCUUUCAAGUCCUACGGUUGUGAGCGCUUUGAUGGGCUAAACACUCCCAAUCUAAUUUUCGAACCUUUUAUUGCAUGCAAUUUUUUUACUAAAGGUUAUAAAAGUUCAAACUUCAUAGUAAGGGAGAAUAAGUUAAACCGUUUCUCAUAACUGAGAUAUUUUUCAAAUGGGGUUUUUUAAAAUUCUUGACUUGUCGUGAGAAGGG